AUGUCCCAAACCAGCUCAAACCCAGCUGCUACUGCAGCCGCUACCACCACUUCCUCAUCAAUCAACAACCCUAGAUUUCCUAUCGUGGCCUUAGAUGCCGAGGGUAAGAAUUAUCAAAUAUGGGCAUCAAGAAUGGAAUCCAUCUUCAAAGUCAGGCAUAUGUGGAACGUAGUCAAAGCUGUGUUGGAUGGCAGAGAACCUACACCAUCAACGAUGGAUCAGAAUUAUAUGGAAUGGAUGGAAAAGGACGAAUGUGCCUGUGCCUACUGUCAGGGACAGCUCCGAAAGCGGCGAGGUCCCGGCAUGCGGGACUCGGUGGGAUGA